GACCAUUCAGGCAAUCACUUCUUGACCAUUAUCAUUCUGUAGUUCAGUUCGUGGAUGUGUAGGGUUUCCUUUUCUUUUCUUUCUGAUUGUAUCCGUUGUUCCUUAAAUUAACUACAAUUGUGGCGAUUAAGUAAUUGUAUAAUUUGUAAUUUCAUAAACGUUUUACAAUUGACUUAAAUUACCUUAAUUACUUUAAUUUCUACUAAACCUUUAUAAAAUGAGUGAUUUAGAGCCGGAGGUUUGUGAAUAUGAACUCCUACGGCUAAAAAAUGUCGAAGAAAAUUUGAAGAAGAUGCGAGAACUGGGUUUGAUUUCUGUUCAAGAAAAGAAGCCAAGAGAGCCAAGACUGAAAGGAAGGAGAGUGAAAAGGAAAGAACUUCCGAGAAGGAGGUCUGCUCGUAUCUUUAUAGCCUCCUUCAGUAGAGAAGUCGCCUUUUGUGCUUUGGGAGAUGAAAUCGACCCAACAGGCGUUUCAGUUACAUGGGGUGAAGGGUAUGGUGAUGAUGAUGAUGAUGUUGUACUACAACACCAUGCCAAAAGCAUAGAAACUAUUAUCGAUUCAGAUGAUGAGAGUCAAGCAACUAAACGAAAUUCAUUUUAUGGUGGCUAUCUCUCUGAUGAUGAGUCACAUGAAAGUAAAAGAAGGAAAAGGAAUGUCAAACAAGGUGUUGAAGAACGAGAAGUGCCUUCUGUUGAGGACAUAACAGAUGAGCAUUUAGAAAAUAUUGCAAAUUUUGUAAAAGACAAAAUAUACUCACCUGAUGGUACUACCUGCCACCAGUGCAGGCAGAAAACGCUGGAUCAAAAAACUGUAUGCCGAUCAGCAGCGUGUUUUGGUGUGAGGGGUCAAUUUUGUGGCCCUUGCCUCAAAAAUAGAUAUGGAGAAGAGGUUGCUGCUGCUCUAAAAAGUGCUUCCUGGACAUGCCCACCUUGCAGAGAAAUAUGUAAUUGUUCCAUAUGUCGAACUCAGAAGGGUAAGGCUCCUACAGGACAGCUGACAUAUGCUGCGCAGCAAAACGGCUAUUGCUCAGUACGCCAAUAUUUAGAGGAAAAAUUUGAUGUCUAAAACACUGUUACUAAAAUAUGCAAAAAGAUCAAUUGCAAUAGUUUCACAUUUAAAUGUUACAAGUUAAAUUCAAUGUUGUUUUACUGAUUUUUUAAAUUCUUAAAUGUAGGAUCUUAAAUUUUGUAUGUUGAUAUAGUCAUAUAUGACAGUGUUUUAUUCAAUCAUAUAAAACACGAGGAAGUCUAAGUUAUUGCCAAACCCACACGCCACUUAGUGAACUUGUGACAUACUGUGGGCAGUGUUGUUUCAAAGUGAUUGUUUAUAUUUUUUGACAUUAUACAAUUAUAUGUGUGACCAGUUGAAUAAUACUUAAUAUGUAUAGUUAUAGGAUAGUGAUCAAGUUUGUCUUCUUUCCCACACCACACAAUAAUUUUUGAACAAAUUAACAUUUUCAAAUGCC